AUGCUUAUGAAUUUCUUUAUGGCAGGAACAGACACAAGUGCAGCAGUAGUAGUUUGGGCUAUGACAGCAUUGAUGAACAAUCCAAGAGUGAUGAAAAAAGUUCAAAUGGAAAUGAGAAACUUAUAUGAAGACAAAGAUUUCAUAAAUGAAGAUGAUAUUGAAAAGCUACCUUAUCUUAAAUCAGUGGUGAAAGAGACACUAAGAUUAUUCCCUCCAUCACCAUUACUAUUACCAAGAGAAACAUUAGAAAAUUGCAACAUAGAUGGUUAUGAUAUUAAACCAAAAACUCUAGUGUAUGUUAAUGCAUGGGCCAUAGCAAGAGAUUCUGAGGAUUGGGAAGAUCCUGAAGAGUUUUAUCCUGAAAGAUUCUUUACGAGUGGAGUGGAUUAUAAAGGGAAGGAUUUUGAGUUGAUUCCAUUUGGAAGUGGAAGAAGAAUGUGUCCUGCAAUGAACAUGGGAGUUGUGACUGUUGAACUUUCACUUGCUAAUAUUCUUCAUUGUUUUGAUUGGAAAUUGCCUUAUGGUUUUGAUAAGGAAGAGGUUUUGGAUACAGAAGUGAAACCAGGAAUUACUAUGCAUAAGAAAAUUGAUCUUUACCUUGUUCCUAGGAAAAGAAAACCUUAG